AUGCACAAACACAGAAGUCGGUCAACUGGUCAUCCAGAGCCACCAGGAAGUCCUGUAGAUGGAACACACAAAGUUUUCCCUCUGCUAGGCCCGGAAAACAAGGAAAUACAGGUGACUGUCAAAUGCGUCCGUAUGUCGGAGGAAAUGAUUAAUUCUGCGGCCAAGAUGGCCGAAGAAGCGUUGAGACAGAACACGACUAGGAAGGAUGUUGCAGCUUAUGUGAAGAAAGGGUUCGACGAUAAGUAUGGACCAUUGUGGCAUUGUAUUGUUGGGAAAGAUUUUGGCAGAAUGACUAUGAAGCAAGGUUAUGAUCAUCUUGCUGCUCAUUUUUUUAGCUACGUUACACACCAAGAGCAGGGCUUUAUUGUAUUUCGCGUGGACGACUGGGCUUUUCUCCUCUUCUCCACUCGACAAUAA